AUGGGAGCUGAGCACAGUUCCAGUCUUAAACGUUCAGUUUCUGGCGAUGACAUAGACUGGAUUGGUCCUUCAACCUCCCAUAAGAAUCCAGUUAGAAGGAGUCGCAUUGCGUUGGUUUUUUUCAACAAAUGUGUCGGUACCCGUAUAUCACGCUUAAAUUCAAGGAGGAAGAGUCGCUCUCUAUCGCGAGACAUUCGGCGAGCAUUUCGGGAGCUUAUAAGUUCUUGGUCAUGCACAGAGCUGAAUGCAUUAUGUACAGAAAUGGAAAGUGGCUGGGCUGUUAAAGAAUUAACGGAUAUGGCUGAGGGUACUCGUCAUCCGGCAACAAAACUGGCACAGGAUUUAGUGGAUGCGCUAAAUUCUCAUGUCGUGACCGAUUCUUUUGUGGUGUUCAAAGGAGGACAAUAUCCUGUACAUGAAGCAGUUCUCUGCUCUCGGUCAAAUUAUUUUUGUACAUCGAAAGAGGUUGUGAAAGGUAUUGCUACUGGCAAAUGCAGAUUUCGGUUUCCGGAUGAAAAUAUCAGCUUGGAGCUAUUUUUUGCUGUUUUGCAUUACAUCUAUUCUGGUGAAAUGCCUUCUUCGUUAUCAGCGCAACAGCUGCAAACAGUUGAAAAUGUGUUGCACAGGCUUGGAUGCACAUCUAGUUUAGAAGAUGACUUUCUUACUUACGAUUUUGAAAAGAAUGGCGAUUGCACAUUGAUUUUUACGACGAACGGUAGCUCAUCCUCCUCAAAUAAGAAGUGUUCCCUUGUUCCGGACUACAAAAUUCGAUGCUCAUCAGUUAUUGUUGCUGCUCGUUCUUCCUUCCUGAAAAAUUUAAUUAUCAAAAAGCGGCAGUUGUCGGAGCCAUUAGAAAUUGUUAUUGAUGAACACUUGAUUCCUAGAAUGUAUGUUCCUGUCGUAUUACAUGCUGUAUAUACAGAUCGUCUUGACUUAUCAAAGAUUCUUGAUGGAUGUCAGGUAUCAGCCAGUAGCCUUAACGAAGUGCAAGCAAUUGCAGCUGGUCGCAGACAAAGAACUCCACUGCGUCACGCAAUUGAAAUUUACCAUAUUGCAGUCUUUUUAAACCUUGAUCUUCUAGCCCGGAUUUGCGAGGACAUACUGGUGGCAGAAAUGUCAUUAGAUACUGUUGUUGGAUUAUGGCUAUGGUCUUCUGAAAUUGGUGGUUCACAUUAUGUGAGGCGGCAGUGUGUAGCUUUUUUACGGUCUGAAUUCGGACGAAUUUGUUCGUCGCAUUUGCUCUUUGAGCUUGAUGAAGAUCUGUUACGUGAAUGUCUUUUAUCGGAUUUUGUACAGUGUUCCGAGGUAGAAAUUCUCGAGUCAUUAGUGUGUUGGGGAGAAAAUGAAUUAGUAAAAAGAAUGGAAGAACGAGAGCCUAAUUUGGUUGCUAACACAACCCACAGUAUAAGCCGUCGUGGAGUAAGAAGAUCUGACUUAAAUGAUCAAGAACUGAAGCUUAUCCUGCGUAAUUUGCUGCCUCUUGUACGAACCGAUUAUAUAUUGCCCCCAUUUCACCAGAGUUUGAAUAAUGCGUAUAAAAGGGGACUCCUGGACAUAUCUCCAAAUUCUGAUCUUUCUGGCAGGAAAUAUCCCGACAGUCGCUCGCCCGACAUAAAUCCUGAUGCCCAUUGGUUCGACAACACCGUACCAAGACGUCAUCCGUGUGGACCGAGGAUACUGGUUCCGUACAUCAAUGAAGCUAAAGCACAGUUACGUCGUUUGUGCGGGAAUGGAGCAGAAGUUCUUUCGGCUUUUCGAAGAAAUGAUCGGAAUUGUUAUUCUUCCGAAUUAGAGAGAUUUCGUGUCGUUAGUGAGUCUACGGAGGUUACGAGCAGUUCUGUGUGUUCUCAGAUCGAAUCAAAAAUUAUACAAAUAUUGCGUAAUGAGGACCUGGUUAAAAGGGCUUUAACAUGUGGUUGCAGUUAUCAUAGCACGCAAGCAAUUGAACAGGUAUUUUUGCGAGUUUUGCGACAGAUGAGAGUUAGCGAAGACUCUGUUCGUAUUUUAUUUUUUAAUGACGGUGGGCAAAGUUUUUAUGUGCCAAAACAUUACACUAGUCAGCCGGCACUGGCUUUUUCGUCGAUGUGGCCAGAAAUUGGCUUACGACCAUCAUCUUCACAGUCUAAUUAUGGUAAGGCAGGCUAA